AUGUCCAAACCAACAUCACACUCCAACACCGUAAUAUCGGAGGUCGCAAAUAACAUCUUUGAGAACAUAUUACUCAUAUUAAUAGCGCUGUUUGUUUCGCUCAGCGGCUCAUCGUCGACGUCGAGGUUUUCGUGUGGUCCAAUUUGGUUGGUUGCGUUAUCGCUGGCCAAGGAAUGCCCUCUUUCCAAUUUAAUAAGUCUCGAAGUUUCACCCAAUCAAAAGGAGGCGGUGAAUUUAGCACAAAGGUGUUCACGACAAAAAGUUCUGCAAGUGAUUAUAAUUUCUUUUAAAUUAAAGAUAUAG